AAAAGAAAAAAGCAAAAUAGAAUAUGUUAUUAACAGAAGGGAAUUCAAAUAUAAGCCAGUUUUAAUAUACUUCUCUCUCUCUCUCUCUAUAUAUAUAUAUAUAUACAUAUACACAUACAUAUGGAGAGAGAGAUACACAUGUCUUUCUCCAGUGUCUAACAAUUAGUGACAUCCAAUGUUAGACUGCAGAUUGACAAACUGAGUUCUCCACUAACCUCCUCCCUCUUUGAAAGCGUGCGUCAGUGAACUACGGUGGCCUUCGUGUACCAAACAGGAUGUAAACACUCAUUAACAAAUCUCUAUUUUCCCCAAUAUGUCUCACUUUUUCUGUUGAUGCUUCACAUCUUGCACACAGAGCUGUUCUUCCCUAUUUGUGGUCAUGUUAGCCUGUUGUCGUCUGAUCAACCCUCAAACCAUCUGACCUUGUCAUUUUUGCAAUUUCCGGUUGUAUAAUUGUAUUACCCGCCCCAGUGCUGCUGCUGCUGUAUAAACACAAAUGCUCCCUCAGUCUGGUCUGAUAGUAUUGCUUGACGGGACACAGCAAACAAAUGAUGUUAUAUCAUUUUCAAUUCAUGAAGAAGCAGAAUAAAAAUAAUAAUAAAUCUCCUAAACUUAUUAUUACACACUGCAGCUUUACAUGUCAACAAAAACAAUAGAAAAGCCCACGUAGUCAAACCUAUAAUUGUUGCCAUGGUUACCAAGUGCUUUGCUCGUCAUCGUUUCUCGUAGCUUUUUUAUAUGUAAUAAUUCCCGACAGCGCCUGAAGGGAGCACGGGAACACCCCCCCUCCUCCUCCUAUCACCGCCCCUCCUCUGACGUCACUCCAACGGCUAUUUGCAUGAAGUGUUUUGUUGCUGCAGCUUCGUCUCGGCUGCAGAACGAGUCUCUCUCUCUCCGGAGAGGCGAAGCGAGGGAAUCAGCGAGAGCGCAGUGAAAAGAGGAGGAGGAGGAGGAGGAGGAGGCGCGGGCUCUUGUGUUCCACAUCAGAGGAGCAGAGAGCGAGAGAGUGGGGGGGAGACACGGCCUGGAAGAGAGAGAAUAUAAGGUGUCAGAUACCCAAAGAAGAGAGAGAGAGAGCAGAGGUCUGAACAUGGAAGUACCCGCCGCGGGAGAUCACGUCUUCGCGGUGGAGAGCAUCGAGAAGAAGCGCAGCAGAAAGGGGAGGCUCGAGUAUCUGGUCAAGUGGCGAGGAUGGUCUCCAAAAUACAACACGUGGGAACCAGAGGAAAACAUACUGGACCCUCGACUGCUCGAUGCCUUCCAAGACAGAGAACGUCAAGAACAGCUGAUGGGAUAUCGCAAGAGAGGACCCAAACCCAAGCACCUCCUGCUGCAGGUCCCUUCAUUUGCCCGGAGGUCCAGUAUUCUGGCCGACCUUCAUGAAACGUCUCUGGAGGAGGACAGAUGUGACAAAUCCAGUCCCAUACAGAUGCUCCGUCCCCAGACUCAACAGUACCAGCUGAACAGUAAGAAGCACCACCAGUACCAGCCGCUGCACCGGGAACACGAGGUCGAGCAGCAGACCAACGGCAAGAAGUUCUACUAUCAGCUCAACAGCAAGAAGCACCACCACUACCAGCCCGACCUCAAGGUGCCACAGCCCGUGUUUGCUAAACCCCGAGACGUCCGAGCCGCAGAGCUGCCAAACAAAGGCUACAGUGUGGCUCCAGUGCUGCAGCAGAAGUGGAUUCGGGACAAAGACUCCGGCUGCCUGACCAAAGUCAAGGAUAUCACUAUGGAGCUGAAGAAACUUCCAGCUGACCUCAACGGGCACAAAGAGCCUGAGGAGGCCAGACCUAAGGAGGAUGCCUCGCAACAGUCUAACGGUGGUGGCAGCAGCAGCAGCAGCAAGCUAAAAAUAGUGAAGAACAAAAACAAGAACGGACGGAUUGUUAUUGUCAUGAGCAAGUACAUGGAAAAUGGAAUGAAAGCGGCGAAAAUUAAAAACGGCGAUUCUGAAAUGGUGGAAAAAACGCAGCAAGGAACGGACGACAGCGCGGAGAACCACCUGGAAAAGAUGAGACUCGUCAGGAAGCUCGGCCUCAUGAAUGGAUUUCCCAAAAACCCCAGAGACAAAACAACUCUUCCGAGUUCUGGAUUUAACAGAGAUGGCCCUAAAGAGAGCCAACAGCCUCCCAAAGUGGAGCCAACUGCGACAGAACAGGAUAAGCAUGUCGAGGUCAGGGGUCAGGGGCAACCUCCAAUGGAUCAGCUUUUACAACUGACAGCCGAGCCUAAUCUGCUCCCCCUGCCUGUGGACAGGGGAGUUCCCUCCGCGCUGGACAAAAGAGAAACGCAGGGUGGAUUUAAAGGACUUAAACGGCACAUUUCUGACACAGAGAGUGAGGAACAUGGGAGGAGUAAGAGGUUUUCGAGCUCCAGGAGUAUCUGUGAUCAGCACACGGUCUCCUUGCCCAUCCAAACCGCCGGCAUCGACCAAAACGGAAACCAGGGUCACGAUGCACUGCAGCUCUGUGGAUAUGUAGACCAGGAGGAACCCAUUGACUUAAGCAUCGACAAGUCCAGGCCUCGACCUGAGGCUCCCGCAGCAGCCCGGCCUGAAACGCACACACACGCUGAGACACACACUCCAGCUGAGACACAAACACAAUCGCACUCACACACAGAAACACAACCACAGACUGAACCACAGGACGCCACAGAGAAGGUGAACGUGGACUCGGUGAGAAAAGAGGAGACGUUUCCCUCAUUCCAGCCGUUCCUCGGGAAUAUCGUGAUCACAGACAUUACCACAAACUGCCUCACUGUCACUUUUAAGGAAUACGUAACUGUGUGACCAGAGCUGGACACGGACUGUAAACAUGUACAGUAAAGAAGGUUUGAUUUCUAAGAUGCUUGAAUGUAGAAAUGAACCGUAGACGUUUUCAUUUUGUGAAGUCUGGAUAAAAGAGUUUGAUCUUUUAUCGUGCCGGUUUGCGUACGUCUCCUUCUGAGCUCUUAUCUGUCGUUACUUCUGGAGAUUUGAAUCACGUGCAGUAUCUCAUUUAAAAAAAGAAGGGGGGAGGGGUCUUCAAAGGAAGAUGCUUUUAACUCUUGUAAAUACUUUUCACUUUUCUAUGGAUGUAAUUUGAUUUAUACACUCAGCUGUCCGUUAAAAAUGUAGGAUAUAUGGAGAGUUUUGUAAGGGAAAAAAAUUAUAUUGAAUGACUGUGUGUGUGUGUGUGUGUGAUGGACAGGUUUAAACAAGGAUGCAUGCUGCUUGGACAGAUGAAGCCAUUAGGCGAGCUCCAACGAGCAGAUGAAGAAAAGUGAAGCGCCUUUAUGUCAAUAGAUGUGAUUUGUGUUGAAAAGGAAGCGGUGAUUAUUAACGUUAGUGUUUGAUGUAUGCUCUUAUAUGAUUUGCUCUCCGUUUUUUUUUUUUCCAGUCAUGCAUCUCGUAAUCUAAUCUAAUCUAAUCUUACCGAGCACAAGUCACUCCUGUGAACACAGGUGACCCGGAACAUAUUUAUUUCUAUAUUUUGCAGCAGCGUGGUGAAAGAAUGUUAUUUAAUGAUAUCAGUCACAAAUCUGUGGUAACACUCACAGCUGAGCUGUGGAAAUCCAGCACUGCUGACGUGUGUGUAACAUACUAACGCCGUCAUUGGUAAUCAAGUAUGUAAAAGCACACGUUUCCCCCUUUGUGUCAUACUGUACGUCCUGCUGCUCUCUCUGCAGACAAAACAAGUGAAGGCUUCCCAUGAUGCAUUUUGCAAGAAUAAAACCCCAAAAACACUGA